ACAAAACAUCCUCUCUCACUCACAAACACUCGCAUCAAUCAUCUUCAUCCUUACAAGUGUCACAGAUUCAAGAUGUCAAGGCCUCUCUCCCAGUUUUUCAGGAUCAUAGUUACUGAAUAUCAUCAACAAAAAAAGCUUGUAAAACCUUGUAUGUUACCAAUAAAGAUUGUGAAGAAAUAUGGAGAAGGUUUAGCAAAAGUUAUCUGUUUAAAGACUCCUGAUGGUGAAGAAUGGAAAAUAAAUUUGGUGAACAAUGAUGGCAAAAUAUGGUUUGGAAAAGGUUGGAAGGAAUUCACACAGUAUUAUUCUCUAUGUCAGGGCCAUCUUCUGAUGUUUAAAUAUCAAAGAAGUUCUGAAUUUCAUGUAGACAUUUUUGAUAAAACAACCGUAGAGAUAAACUACCCUCUUAAAAGAGUUGAAGCUGAAAAGGUUUCAAACAAUGAGGAAGAUUGUAGAACAAGUAAGAAGAGAAAAGCUAACUCUUCCUUUGAAUUUGGAAGCACUAGUUGUGCCAAGCAUCAUACUCACAAGAGAAGCAAAGUAAAACAAGUGAAAACAACACUUGAAAGCGCAAAAGAGUUCAAAACAUCUAAUCCAUCCUUUAUUGUUGUCAUGGGUACAACAUAUGUUGAAAGCCGAUAUCGUGUGACAAUUCCUUGUGAAUUUGGUAAGAGACAUUUUAACUUGAAAAAGAAGAUAGGAGACAUUUAUUUUGGGAUGUUGGGUGAGGAAAGAGUUUGGCGUGCACGGUAUGUAAUUAGGAUGAUCGGACGAGGAAUGAAGUUUGAAGUCACAGGUGGAUGGAACCAUCAACAAAGAUGUGCUAUCAUUCUCUCCUUUCUAGAUUACACAACUGUUUGUACAGGAAGUUUGACAACACUAAAUUUUUGUGCCAGGAUAAAAACACUCGAUGCUAUUUUCCUUGACCUUGAAGUGAAAAUUAUGAAUCUUAACAGGUGAAAUUCCAUGCUGCUUAUGUAACACCAUCAACUGCAUAAGAUGACAAACAAAACAUAAUCAGAGUAAGUUUAUGCAAUCCGAUUAAAUCGACAAUCCAUGGCUACAGACAGUGAUUGCUAGUUUGCUACAUUAAUCUUAAGACAAUAUAAAGAUAAACCCUAGGAAUCAGUGCAAACAAAAGCAUGAAAUAUUUGUAUCACAACUACAACAUAAUUCAACAUUUGAAAGAUAAAUAAUAAUAACUUAUUCUUCUCCCUUUUGAUUUAUUUUGCAGCAACCGGAACAUGCAUUAACAAUGCCACUGAUGAUAGAUAAUUUGAGUGAUUAAAAUACGGUUUAAUUGGUUCAAUCUAUUAAAAUACGGUUGAACAAACCAGAAUUAGAUCAACAAGCAAAUUGGUCUAUUCCCAAUUUCACAGUUCAGUUUUAAAAAAAAUAUAUAUUUUACUCC